AGUUCGGGGGCGGGACCAAUUGUUUUUGGUCCACACUAAGCAAAGUGUGGUCUUCAGGUACGCGGGUGGCAAGGGCGGGGAGACGGCACCGGUUUUGAAGGUUGGCUAGAGACUACUGGGUCCCAGCCUGAAGCCGCGGCACCUACAGUCCUGGGGUUUCUGGGGCUUGUCUCCCCUCGUUCGCAGCCUACGGGUCAGCGGGACCCGCGUUCCCUGCGGCCUGUGGUCCAGGGUUAGCUGUGUGAGUGGCGUGAGCGCAUGGACUGUACAUUAGAAGAAAGUGCUCAGGAAGCAGAGUCACUGGGGGUGCAGGGGCCAGACGGUUCCCAAGAGGAUGGAGGUGAAGAUGGACUGUCUGAGAUCUUCCGGCUGCUGCAGAUGGAUGUGGAACACGAGCACCGAGAGGAAGAGGCACGCCCUGCAAACAGCGCAGCAUGGGGCUCGAAAAAUGUGCAGAGAAAACAGAGACACUGGGAAAGGAUAGUCUCCUCGAAGAAGAGCAAAAGGAAGCAGGAAAAAGAAAGAAGAAAAGUCAAGCGUGCAGAAGACCCAGGCACCUGCCCCCAGCACAGCAAACGUUUUUUGAAAGCGUUAACCAAAGAGAAACUUUUGGAAGCCAAACACUCAGGACCAAGACUGUGUGUUGACUUGAGCAUGACCCAGCACAUGUCAAAGAAGGAACUGAGCAGGUUGGCUGCACAGAUCCGAAGGUUGUAUGGUUCAAACAAAAAAGCCAGCAGGCCCUUUUGGAUCUGCCUCACUGGAUUCUCAACCGACAGUCCCCUCUAUGAAGAGUGUCUGAGGAUGAAUGAUGGAUUUUCUGCAUACUUGCUAGACGUGACAGAAGAAGACUGCUUUAGUUUAUUUCCUCUGGAAAGCCUUGUGUACCUGACUCCCGACUCAGAACAGGCCCUUGAAGACCUUGAUCAGAACACGGUUUACGUCAUUGGUGGACUUGUAGAUGAAAGCAUUCAGAAGAAGGUGACAUUCCAAAAAGCUCGAGAACACUCUGUGAAGACAGCCCGCUUGCCAAUCCAGGAAUACAUGGUCAGGCGCCAGAAUGAGAAAAACUACCAUUCAGAAAUACUGGCCAUCAAUCAAGUGUUUGAUAUCCUGUCCACUUACUUUGAGACUCACAGCUGGCCUGAAGCACUGAAGAAAGGAGUUUCUCCAGGCAAAGGCUACAUUCUUCGGAAUCCAGUGGAUGAUGGGCAGCCUAAGAUUCCAGAUGGAGUGGGUGAAGCACCAAAGGUGUCCUGACCAAAGGACAGGGUAAAGGGUGGCAGUGACACACACCUGCCUUUAUGUGUUGUCAUGGGUCUCUGAAAGCCUUUAAUGGCAAGGACCACAUGUUUAUGCUUUGUGUCACCUACAGUGUCUGGAAAUUACAGUGCUCACUGGAAAUGUCCUGAUAAAACAUAAUAUUAUGGCUUUUAAAAAAAAGUUUAUGAAGGAAUUGUCAAAAUACAUGGCAUUUUGGAUGUUAAUUCAUGUUUUGUACAUUGAGCUCUUUGUGAAAUGUCUACCUUUUAGAGAUGUUGUCAGGGCUUUUUACUGAACUUGGAUAAAAUUACUUUUCUCUCACCUCUGUAUGUGAGGAUUCUUCACCAGCGGGCACAUGUGCACAUCAGCUUUGCUGUCUCAGCCGGGCAGGCCCGACUGACAUUCUUUCCUGUGGCUCUCUCUCAUUAUGGUCACCAAGUGCUCCUCUCUUCUCGUCUGUAUAGCUUUGCCUAGCCUUCUGAGCCUCACACAAACCAAGAGCUUUGCACAAACAUACACCCCAGAUCUAGUCAAAAAGCAAACAUGUAGUUAUUGUUAAAUCCAGCAGAGAGCAGCCGGAAAGGAAUGCUGCAGUCUGACACACAAGCACACUCACCAUCUGUUAUCCAGACAGAUAAAACUGUUACUCCUCCCAUUUUGGGUUAACUUGAAAGUCAAGCUGCUAACAAACUCAGAUGUUUUCUGCUUCUCAAAAGAACCCAAAGGACCUCUCAGCCUACUUCCUUCUCUUUUCCCAGUCAAUCCCUUGGGAACUAUUUCUUGAUAUAUUAUACGUUAUUACUGAAAAUAGGCGUCCUCAGAGAACCCCUUAAGUUCUCAUACAGGAUGGGCCACAGCCACAUAGGCUUCAGGGGUGCAGAACUCAUGCUCAGAGGCCUGAAAACCCAGAACCACUUAACUCGUAUCACUUGCCAGUCUACAUUUUUAUCUCAUAACAUAAACAGCAUAGAAUUUUCUCUCUGACCCAAGUCCAAACCUCUCCUCUUUAUCUAAAACCUGGAGCGUGUAUUUUUAAGAUUGUGGUAACUGAUGUUAACUAACAUUUGGCUAGAAUAGGAUCAGAAAUCCUCAUCAUAUUAUUUAAGAAAAAAA